AUGGCGCCCUUGCAGCCGUCCAGUCAGUUGGACCUCAAGUCGUUGCCACCCAUAUAUAUUCUUCCCACCCACCUCAAACCGGAAGAGCUUCAUGAAAUCGAGGAUAAGGUCUUCAGCUUGGGCGGCGCGUUGACGUACGACCCCAAAGAAGCGAGGAUCUUCCUGGGCCGCAUCACUCAGAAAAAGCGCGCGGCGUUCGACUUGCGCGCCAGGGGUGUCUGGACAGAGGAGGCCGCCCUGCCUGAAGUAAGCCCCAAUACCCACUCAAAGGGGCGCGAAGAUGGAGAUUCCGGCGAAGACGGGCCGGCAAGGAAGAAGCGCAGAGUUGGUGUUGAACACAGCGAACGCGACAGGAGGAUGGACGCCAGACGUGGCCGGAGGAGUUUGAGUUCGAGUUUGAGUUCGACCGCAUCAGCCGUGUCAACGAUCGACACUCGCUUCCCUACGCCUCCAGCCGCACCUUUCUGGCCCGAUCUCUCAGACCAUAUCCUGAUCGUCAAACUCUCGUGGCUUGAAACAUGUCUUAGCCAGCAGGAACUGGUGCCCUACAAACCAUACAUCAUCUACACUGCAAAGGUCGUACCCAAGCCUGCAGGUGAGGCAUCGCCCAGACCACUGCAGGAUUCAGUGACAUACAUCAAAACGACUUCAGACACGGGCACGCAAGGCUCUUUGGCGCACAAAAAGCGCAACGUGCCCACGUCGAUCCUCGAACGCGCAAAAGCCGACGCAUCGAACCUCCCUUCCUCGUCCGGCUCGUACCCAUCGCGUCGACGCUAUGGAGACCACAGCGGAGACUCUACAUCGCCCAGCACGCGCAAGGCGCAUGCACCGCCAAAGCUGCACCGAACAACCACUUCCGAAUUCGAGGAACUGGCAGCGCAUCCACUGCCCCCUCUUCCCGAAUGGGCGAAGGGACCGUACGCAGCGUAUUCAUGCUGCCGAUCGACGCCGAUGAACAGCCCCAACUCUGCGUUUAUCGGCCAACUGACGAAAAUCCGCGACGCGCGGAUCCUCACACUCGACGACAUCGGCGUGCGCGCCUACUCGACGUCGAUCGCCAGCAUUGCCGCGUACCCGCAUCCAAUCCGGCACCCGGAAGAGGUGAACCGCCUACCUGGCUGCAACGAGAAGAUCGCGAUGCUGUGGAGCGAAUGGUACCACUCCGGCGAAGAGGACUCGGAACGAUCGAUCCAGACGGUACGCGACCUGGACAACGACGUCGACCUCCAGCACCUGCAGCUCUUCUGGAACAUCUGGGGCGUCGGGGCUGAGACGGCGCGCAAAUUCUACUUCGAGCACGGCUGGCAGGACCUGAACGACGUGAUCGAGUUCGGCUGGUCGACGCUGACGCGCGUGCAGCAGAUCGGAGUCAAAUACUACGACGAGUUCCUGGACAAGAUCCCGCGCGCCGAGGUCGAGCACAUCGGCCAAGUCAUCCACCGCCACGCCCGGAGCGUGCUGGACAUCAACCCCGCGCAGUACGGCACGCCUGACGACGUCGAAUGUGUCAUCGUCGGCGGGUACCGGCGCGGCAAGCAGGCAUCGGGCGACGUCGACGUCGUACUCAGCCACCGUGACGAGUCCAAGACCCAGGACCUGGUCGGCUACGUCGUGCGCAGCCUCGAGCUCGAGGGCUGGAUCACCCAUACUCUCACCUUGCACACUACGACUAGUGACCGUGGACAGGCCACUCUCCCGUUCCACGCGGAGCGUAGAGGUCGUGGCGGCUUCGACAGUCUCGACAAGGCGCUGUGCGUGUGGCAGGAUCCGCAUUUCGAAGUCCCCGAUCGAAAACAGGGCGACGACCCUGACCCUGACCCGGACAAGGUCAAGGUCAAGAACCCGAAUAUCCACCGUCGCGUCGAUAUCAUCAUCUCCUCGUGGCGCACUGUCGGCUGUGCCAUACUCGGCUGGAGCGGCGGCAAUACCUUCCAGCGCGAUCUGCGCCGCUUCGUCGCCAACACGCGCGGAUGGAAGUUUGACAGCUCAGGCGUGCGUGACAGAGCGACCGGUCAGGUUCUCGACCUCGAGGGACCUAGAAGGAGAGGCCAUGAUAGUACAAAAACCGAAACCGGGAAAAAGGGAAACGCCGGCCAUGACGACACGAAAGGUGCCGGCUUCACAGAACGGCACAAUACCAAAACUACAGACGCACCUUCGAGAACAACAGAACAAGAACAUAAUGACGGUGAUGCCGCUGCUGAUGAUGAGAUGGACGAUGCAGAUACCUGGCAGGACCGUGAACGGAGAUUGAUGGACGGUCUGGGAUUCGGAUACCGUCCUCCUGAAGAGAGAUGUACAGGGUGA